AUGACGUUUUGAGUGACAUAUAUCAGAACCAAUCAUCGUUACGCAGCAACCAUUACAACCAAUGUGCACUCGUGUUUACUCUUAAGGCGUCACUUUCUGUUCAGGAAGUUUUUCCCCUGGCUGCUGCAACUGCUUGCAAGUCUGCAUGGACUCCACCCAGCAGAUCGAGGACUCUUUCUUCGGAGAGCAGGAUGACUCAGGUGAUGAACAUGACCUGGCAGAGGGAGAGAGUCAAAGAGAGCCACUGGCUGUACUGAAAGUUUUCAAAAACAACCACAUCCCAGAAACAGAGGUGCCUCUCUACCAGGGAGAGAACGUUUUAGGGAGAGACCCUUCAUCUUGUUCCGUGCCUCUCCAAGCUCGUUCUGUAUCCAGCCGCCAUGCCAUCAUCUCCAUCUCUGUGUUUGGUCCUAAUAACCGUCGUGGUCACGGUGAAGACGUAGAUGCCCUGCUGUGGGACCUGGGCAGUUUAAAUGGCACCAGGAAGGGACGGCUUAAACUGAGUCCACACGUACGCUACGCGCUGACUGAGGGAGACAGCGUGGUGCUCGCUGAUCUGCCCUGUCAGUACGUCAGCCUGAAGAACACUGAGAAAAACACGCACACAUCCGCCGGUGACAAAGCUACACGUACGUCGUCUUCUAGCAGUAGUGCCGAAGGAGGGGAUGUGAACAGAGUGGACAACGGCAGGAAGAAGACUGUUCUUCCUCCUGUGCCAGUUUGGAGCGAUGAAGCGAAAAGAAGCGAGCCGACCCUGGUGCCUGAGUCAGACUCGGACUCUGAUGGAGAGAAGCAUGGAAGAAGAGAGAGGAGGAGAAUUGUGGCCUCGGACUCGGCAUCUUCAGACAUUUCCAGCCCGACAUGUUCGGCAUUUCUGACCCCUGCAAACAAAAUCAUUCCAGAGAGUGAGGAUGAGAGUUCUAUUACUCCAUCCUCAGCAUUGACGGGUAGAUGUCAGAAGACAGGGAAUGAUACUGAAUUCUCUUCAGAUUCCUCUAAACCUGGUCCACUGCGCUUUAACAUGGACAGCGAUACAGAUGUUGAGGAUGAUGACAUGGAAAUGACGAAGGCUAAGCCAGCGAUCGAGGCUGCUGUCACGGCGGAAGCGGCCGCUGUAAAUCCUGCUGAUCUGCACGUGGACAGUGACACUGAUGUAGAGGAGGAAGACACGGAGAAGGUCAAGAGUGAUUCAGAAGCUUUAGGAAGAGAACCUGCAAAACAGGACCUGGUAGAUCCAGCUGCUCUGACCAUGGACAGUGAUACAGAUGUUGAGGAUGAUGACAUGGAAAUGACGAAGGCUAAGCCAGCGAUCGAGGCUGCUGUCACGGCGGAAGCGGCCGCUGUAAAUCCUGCUGAUCUGCACGUGGACAGUGACACUGAUGUAGAGGAGGAAGACACGGAGAAGGUCAAGAGUGAUUCAGAAGCUUUAGGAAGAGAACCUGCAAAACAGGACCUGGUAGAUCCAGCUGCUCUGACCAUGGACAGCGAUACAGAUGUGGCGGAGAACAAGACUGAUAUUGCUACAAUUUCUGGACCUGCAGCUGCCCUAGAAGAGAAGAAAGAAGCGUUGAGUUCUGAUCAGUUCCACUUGGAGAGUGAUACCGAUGAUGAGGAUGUUCCUCAUAUCCAAGACUCCAGACCUCCAAACUGCCAUGUAGCCGAAUUCAACAUGAACAGCGAUACCGAUGUGGAGGAAGACGAGGAGACGACAAAAGUGACUGACGGCAAGCAUCUGGUGAAACAAGACAACGAUUUUCCAGAUGCCAGAAUGUCACGUCACGAGUCAGACAGCGAUACGGAUGUGGAGGAUGAUGGCACUAAGAUCAGAACACCCACUGUAGCCAAAGAGACAGGAACCUCUCAGACUGCCGGUGAACGCAACACAGACACACAGCAUAGCAGUUCUGUUCGACUUCAGUCUCCUGCUGAAACUCUGCCAGAUGAGUUCAGGCUAAACAGCGACACGGACAUGGAGGAGGAUGAAGAUGAGAUGGAGGAGAAAGCGCAGAAGUGUGCAGAAGGAUCAUUACAGACUGUCCAGUCGUCUACACCAAGAGGAGCAGGCUUGUCUGAAGAGGAGAAGGAAACACAAGCAUCCCUUAGUCCAUCCCAACUGUUCAAACGGCCGGGUCUCCCCUUUCUCCUCCACCCUUCUGUCUCUCCUGGAGGUGUCAGUCACACAGAUGAUGACUUUGCUGUGGCAGAAACUCAGUCCUUCGUGUGUGAUGCCGCUCAAUCUGAUGGUACACUAGACGAGACACCACAGUCGCUGGAUGUCCCUGAACCUCAGCGCUCAGACGGAGCCUCAUCUUUCCAGCUGGACCUUUCAGAUAGCAGCCAUCAACCACAAGAGGCUGAAGAACUUGACCGGGAACCUGAAGAGGAGGACUGGCAACUACAGUCCACUCAGUUAUACGCAAUGAAAAAUUCAGAAGGCAGUACUAAAGCUGGGCAAACACAGCUGGAUCUGGAUGCCACGCAGGCCUACAUUGAGUCUUUAAGCCAAGAAGAGGAGGGAGACGAAGGAAAAGAUGAAGAAGAGGAUGAGACGCCGCUCCUCGCUGCACCGUGUCACUCCAGCAUCCACACUGCUGAGACACAGCUCAUCAAACAUGGAGCCCAGAAAGAAGAUUUCACUGGUCUUGAAUCUAAUGAGGAGGUUGGUGCUAGUGAACCAGAAAGAAAGGAAGAAGAGAUCCAAGCGGAUUCACAUCUCUCUACCGCAGACACGCUGCUGAUCAUCAGGAGCCCGAGGCAGGAGGAGAAGACGCAACCCUACACUUUCCUCACUGAGAAAUUUCAGAAUGAACGCGAGGAGACGGAGAGCAAGGAUCAAGAGGUACAAGAGAGAGACGAGGGACAGAAUGAAAUGGACAAAAGAAAUGAAAGAACGGAGAAUGGAGACACUAGAAACCAGGUAGAAGAUGUGAAGAAGGAAAGAGAUGAGAAUAAAAGAGGAGAAAAUGAUAAUGAAGUAGAUGAAGCACGGACGCAGCCUGCUGAGGAUGAUACCAUUAUUGAAACACUGCCCAUGUGCGAGGAAGAGGAAGAAGGAGGACAUGAAGAGUAUGAGGAUGAUCCCAGCUCUAGCAGAGGAACAUGGUCUGUUCAGGUUGAGUCAACACAGCGCAUUGAGACUGAGCAUCACACUCACGCUGCUAUCCCCAUUGCCGAAACACUGCCUAUGUGUGAGGAAGAAGAGGGACAGGAGGAAGAGGAGAUCGAACUUAAGAAUAGUACAAGACCUGGUAGAAGGAGACCAACGGAGGAGGCACCGAAACAGUCUGUUGAGUCUGAUAAAGUUACCAGUGCGACCGUUUCUGAGACGCUGCCGAUGUGUGAGGUAGAAGAAGGACGGGAGGAAGAGGAGAACGAACUUAAGAAUAGUAGAAGACCUGGUAGGAGGAGAAAAAAGCAGGAGGCACCGAAACAGUCUGCUGAGUCUGAUAAAGUUACCAGUGCGACCGUUUCUGAGACGCUGCCGAUGUGUGAGGAGGAUAACGAGGGAGAAGAGGAAGAGCAACCGAGUAAAGUCUUGUCUACCAGGAGAUCUAGCAUGAGGAGACAAAAUCCUAAGGCAAGUCACAGAAGGCCCAUAGAGGUUCAUGUCAGCAUUCCCGAAACCUUACCGAUGUGUGAGGAAGAAGAAGGACAGGAGGAAAAGCCACAAAGUGAAGUCAAGUCUGUUAGAAAAUCCCACAGAGGAAGGCAGACUUCUAAAUCCGAGGCCACACAAUCUCUGGAGGCCGACUCUACUGCUGAAGCUAUGAAACCACAAGGCGAGGAGGAAGAGCAAAAUAGUAGAAGGAGCCUGAGAGUAAAAGAACGAGGAAGAGCAGCAUCUGUAAAGGGUAAAGGCAGAGGAAGAGAUGCUGCAGGGAAAGACAGGGGAGGAAAGAGAGGGAAAGUAGAGAAAGAUGAAGAGAGUGAAGAAGACGUAGAUAAUGGGAACAAAGGAGGAGGUCGAAAGAAGCUGAAGCAGAACUCCAAAGAUGACGACAAGACCAGACUCGGUUUAGCGGAAACGGAAAAUGAAGAAAUGGAACGGUUAAAAAAGCAAGAGGAGGAAGAAGAAAUUAAGAGACUACAGAAGGAGAGGGAGGAGAGAGAGGAACAUGAAAAGAAGGAGCGAGAAAAUAAGGACAGAUUGGAGAGAGAGAGAAUAGACAGAGAAAAGAAGGAACAAGAACAGAAAGAACAGUUUGAAAGGGAGAUGAAAGAAAAAGAGGAAAAAGAAAGGUCUGCAAGGAAACAGCAGCUGGAAAAAGAAAGGAGAGAACAAGAAGAAAAAGACAGGUUAGAACAAGAGAGGAAGGAAAGAGAAAAUAAGGAAAAGGAAGAAAAUGAGAAACUUGAAAAGGAGACAAGGGAAAGACAAGAACUUGAGGACAAAAUUGAACGUGAAAGGAAAGAACAAGAAGAAAAAGAUGCACUAGCAAGAGAAAAAAGGGAGAGAGAAGAGAAAGAAAUGAAGGAAGAGGAGGAAAAUCAAGGGAGAAAAAUGAAACCGAAGGAGAAACCGAGUAAAGACAAUACUGAGGGUGAGGAAAAAGACAAGAGACAAGCACCUGGAAGACGGAAAGCAGAACUUAAAGGGAAAAAAAGCAGGAAAGAGGAGGAUCAAGAAUUAGAAGAAGGAACUAAAGAAAGACUGGAGAGCGAACAAGAACCAAGUGAACAACAAAAACAAGAAUGUGAAGAAAGCAGCAGUAAAAUGCAAGAGGACGAACAAGCUGGGAGCGACUCCAAACCCAGGCGAGGCCGACGCACUGCCAGGAAAUCUCUCGCUCCACCUGCUGGCAUGGAGGACGAAGGUGGUCCAGCUAAAAGAACUCGCUCGCGCUCCAACUCCUCCAACUCUGUGUGUUCGGAGCAGUCCUCUCAGGAUAGCAUGUGCGAAGGAAGAAGAAGUGGGAGAAGAAAAACUAGCACAGUGCCCUCUAGUGAGAAGAAGGACACAAAGCAAGCUGUUCACUCUCACUCUAACUUCAGGAGCUCGGACAGAUCCAGCAUCAGUGUGGCCCCUCAGGGCCGAGGCAGGGCAGCGAAGAGGAAGAGUGGGAAACCUGAAGAACAGGAGGAACAUAUGGAGGAGGAGGAGAGAAAACAGUCAGCAGCUGUGGGGAGAGGAAGAGGUGGGAAACGUUCUGGUGCAAAUGACAUUAAAGUAGAGGCAGCUUGUGAGGCAGAGAAAGAGGAGGAGUCUCUACCUGCUGAGGACAGGGUUACGAGCCAAAGCAGCAGCAGGGGGCGGAAAAGAGGCGCCGAUGUUUCUACAGCAGAAGCUCCUCCGCCGACCCCAAAAACCCCUCGCCGCUCUUUAACUGUGCCGACGCACAAGGUUCUGUUUACAGGAGUAGUGGAUGAGGACGGGAAGAAGGUGCUGGUGCGUCUAGGAGGAGGGCUGGCAAAAGGUGUGGCUGAUAUGACUCACCUAGUGACUGACAAAGUCCGUCGUACCGUGAAGUUCCUGUGCGCUGUAGCCCGAGGCGUCCCCAUCGUUACCCCUGACUGGCUAAGUAAGUCUGGUAAAGCAGGAAGCUUUCUCUCUCCUAAUGGAUUCUUAGUAAAAGAUGCAGAGCAAGAGAAGAAAUUUAACUUCAGUCUGCAGGAUGCACUGGGAGUAGCCAGCUCUCAGCCCUUAUUACAGGGCUAUGAAGUACAUGUAACACCCUCUGUGAAGCCUGAACCAGCUCAGAUGAAAGAAAUCAUUACCUGCUGUGGGGCACGUUUCCUUCCUAAAAUGCCCUCUGCUCAUAAGGCUCAGACAGUGGUGGUGGUGUCAUGUGAAGAGGACAGAGCUCUGUGUGAAAGAGCUCAGAGUUUGUCUUUUCCUGUGGUUAGUGCUGAGUUCCUACUGACUGGCAUUCUACAGCAAAAAGUGGACUUGCAAACACACAGACUUUCCGCAACACCCGCUGCUGCAGCACCCAAAACUAACGCCCGCACACGUGGGAAGUAGUCCAGUCCACUUCUGUGAGGAAUAACGUGCAACUAGAUUUCUUCAGAGUGCUUCAGGUCAUUAUUAAAAGCUGCUAUUAACCGAGAUGUCGAACAAUCUUUCAUACAUCUGUCAAGAACUGUCAAGUAUCAAGCUACACUCUUAGACAAAGCUAGUAUUUAACUGUACCUUUCCUUGUUGUUGGGUUGACAACUUUGAGGGUACACCUUUUGUUCAACUGAUAUGCAUCUUUUACCUGCAAAUGUGGAAAAAUGUACCUUUUUAAAUAUGAGUUAAUUACAUAAAUGACUGUAUUUAAUUUUUAGGAUGAAGCUUUAAAGAUACAUACAGUACAUUAUAUACAUCCCAGGUGGGCACACUGAUGUUGGACAACGUCAGCCAUUUUAUCAGGCUAAGUUGGGUGCCAGGGCUGAUGGCCACCGUUAAAGACCUCUUGCCGAUGUCUUGGUAGUUUUGGCUGGCGUGUUGUAUCAUGGUUGUGUGUCACUUUUAAAUCCAUGUUAUGAAAUGUAUGCCUUUGUUAACACUGGGGGAAUAUCAGCCGGGUUCGUCUGAAAACUGAUCCGUUAAUCAACGUUGCCAAUGUUAGACGAGAUUGGCCAUAACCCAAAUAAACUCUGGGCCCGACAUACGUUUUUUAUCACCCUUUUUCCAAUGAAGAGAGACAUUACAAAGAUUAUGAAAGAUUUUACACUUGAAGGCACCACCCCAGGCUGCAGCAUCCCAUGUGAAUAAACCUUUUGUCAACUAUGAA